CCAACCUCAUUGCACCAGUGGGCUCACUUCACGCUCACCUCCCCUCUUUUGUAAUCAAACUGUCAAAAUCACAUGCGCUCCGUGUGUUGUUUUGUACACCCCGUGGCAAAACAAAAACAAAAUUCAUUCUUAUCAGUGCCCGUAUUGUCCGAGUUUGUAGUGAAUCACAUUAGUCUUUAGUCGAGAAAGUGAAAUAUUUUCUGUGUAAUCUUCUCCUGUAGAAAGUGUAUUAUGCUUCUUCAACCAAGUCUUGUGUAAAUCUGUAUGUGUCGAGCGAACUUACAAUGACCCAAACCGUUGUCGAGCUGCACUGGUUCCCGAGGUAUCCGGACCGUUUCCUGACGGCAGCCGGCUCGGAAAUCAAUCUUUAUCAGGUGAAAAGUCGAGAUCUUAUCGAUCAUACCGUUAACACAAAUAUUAAUUUGGAUAUCUCGAAAAACACCACUGCCACGUUGAUUGCCUUCGAGACGCGAUAUCAAUUCAUCCGCUCGGUAGCCCCUUCGUAUCAUGCCUCGGGGGAAAUCUUGUUCGCUGCAGGUUUACCCAACGGAAAGGUAGCCUUGUGUAAUUUUGCGUCCGAAAAUAAUGUUGAGUUCACACCAAGAGUGUCACGACCGUGUACUUGCAUCGCCUGGAGCGAGUUGGAGCCUAAUCUCAUCGCAAUGGGACACGAUCGGCAUCGGUCGGAUCAUUGUAUCACCAUUUGGGACACGGAGCGUGGCGUCCCCAAUCAGUCAUCGAUUCUUCAACUGAUUGGUUUAUCGGAGACGGCCCAUUCGCUUUGUUGGGAUCGAACAUUUCCGCAGGUGAUGAUCGCGGGAAUGAGCCAUAAGUACAUAAAAAUGAUGGAUUUCAGACAAAAUCCUUCCACUGUGACCGUUGCUAACGCUCGCACCGUCAAUGGUCUCUGCAUUGCCCCGAACGGUCGAUAUUUGGCUAGUUAUGUGGACAACGUAAUUAAUCUGUGGGAUCUUCGGUCACUCGAUAAGGCUAUCAGCCAGAUCCAGAUGCAGAAGAACAUCACCCAUCUGUCCUGGUGCCCGACGCGUUCCUCGGUACUGACCACCUUACAGCGAGAUUCGCCGUUGAUUAACCUCAUCGACCUCCACUGGCCGGGUUCGGAGAUGGAUGGCGGAGAUCCGCAUUCGAUCAAACGCUUUGUUUCACCAUUCCAGGCCAGGAAUGGUAGCCGAAUACCCACUGUGGGUUACAUUUCCUGGCACCCGUAUGAGUUGGAACGGAUGCUGGCACUGUCUGGGACGGGGACAAUUUGUGACUAUAAGAUUCCGCAACGGGUGGCCAUCUCGUGGGAUAACAACAACAAUUUGUACGGUAAUAACGGAAACGAGUUGCGACAGUUCACAUCGCCUUCGCCCCCUUCGACGCCCGCUGACUCGUUGAAUCAGUGGGAUUGUGGUAUCGAUAGCUAUGAGGAGGAUAUUGCGGAACUGAUUCAGAAAAGGGCGCUGAACAGCUACGGGUUGGCGACGGAAAUGCACCAUAACGGUGAACUGGCGGGUAAUGCAAACCUCAAAGGGGUUUGGCGCAUGCUUGGGCAUAUGAUUAUGGAAGAUUGCAAGCUUGGUUUGAACACUAUUUUGGGAGUUUGUAGCGCUCCAGAUGGACCGGCGAUGUCACGAUCGGAUCCGGUUAUGAUGAAGUGGGUGGAUUUCAGCAUCGGCAGUGGUUUGGUGGUCUAUAGAAGCGAACACAGAGACACAGCUCAGCUGCUCUGCGGAUGGAUGUUUGACCGGAAUAAGGAGAGUUCAUUCCAAAGUUUCAUAGAUGAUCUUUGUGCGAAUAAAGAGUACACCAGAGCUGCGUUGAUUGCAUGCUUCCACUUCAGGAUUAAGCAUGCCAUUGAAAUACUCGGUAAAGGAGCUGAGCAGUCAACCGAUCCGAGUUCGUUGCUGCGGGUCGCGGCCAUAGGCCUUUCGGGAUUUAGCGCAGAGCGCACCGGAUUGUGGCGCAAGCAAUGCGGAGCUGCCAGAACGCAAAUUGAUGAUCCGUAUCUUCGUUGCAUGUUCUCCUUUCUGGCUCAUGAAAAAGAUGGUUUCGAAACCGUCACAAACGAGACCGAAAUAUCACUGAGCGAUCGAAUGGCCUUUGCCUGCAAUUUCUUGUCGGACCUCAAACUUGCUGAGUACAUCAAAGGGAUGAUUGCAAACUGCGUCGAGGUGGGAGACUUGAACGGAUUGCUGCUCACCGGGGCAACCAAUGAUGGAAUAAGGCUUCUGCAGAGCCAUCUGGAUCGCACCGAAGACGUUCAAACGAUAGCCCUGAUCGCGGCCCGCUUUCUCACGUCCGAUCUACUAACGGAUUACCGUGUUCAGUACUGGAUCUCAACCUAUCGUGACUUGCUGGACAUUUGGGGGCUGUGGGAGCAACGCGCACAACUCGAUAUCGCGCUCGGACGAAUUCGUUCUCCUCCGCGAAACUCCCGCUCUGUUUUCCUGCUGUGUAACUUCUGCGGUAAAAAUGUAUCGAUGGCAUUGCAGGAGGAAGCCCGGUUGAGGAGUAAUGCUGCCGUUAUGCACAAAUUGUCCUGCUGUCCGAACUGUCGUAAGCCACUGCCAAGAUGUGCACUUUGUUUGCUGCAUAUGGGCACAACGAUGGGUGCUAUUUCACAGGGUCACGCCACCCAGGGCCAGAUUGGGUGGCAAUCGAAACCCUUUUCGAAGUGGUUCUCCUGGUGUCAAACCUGCAGACACGGUGGCCAUACCGAGCAUCUGGCGGAGUGGUUCAGUGAAAACACCGAAUGCCCGGUUACAUCCUGUAAUUGCAAGUGUUACGCCAAAGAUCUCCCGGUGCCGCAGUAUCCGCGCGAUGAAGACCUCUCCUGAUACCAGCUAGCUACGUUGUUCUGAGAACAGACUUGCAAUUCUCGCCUCCAAUAGACGAACAAACACAAGAAAUCCGCUGAAAGGCACGGUAAAUGGUUACAUUUGAUUUGUUAGUUAGUUUUUAUGUUUUUUCCUGUACAAAUCAUGCGUUAGUGUUGAAAUUUUGCUUUCCUGCUGCUGUUUUUUUUUCCAAUAGAUCGUUUUGAUACUUUCUUUUCGAUGGUUCUCCUCUGUAGGGUCAAGUCAUAAUAAUAAAAAAUGCUAUUCUGA